GCGCCUCCUUAAGCGGCUGCGGGUCCCGCUCGGGCGGUGGUGGAGGCGGCGGCGCGUGCGGCUGGGGGAAGGGGAGGGAGGAGCUCGCGCUGCCCGGACCAGCCCGCGCGCCGCCGCUUCCAGCAGCAGCAGCGCCUGCCGGGCGGAGGGUCUAGUUGGCGCCGCGCGGGCAAGAGCUGAGGCCAAGGCAGAGCGGAGCACGGGGGCAGCGAAGCCCCGGGGGAGGCGGCAACACCAUGGCCGGGCCCCCGCCGCCGCCCCCGGGCCAGGAGGCGCCGCGCUACCAGGAGUGGAUCUUGGACACCAUCGACUCGCUGCGCUCGCGCAAGGCGCGCCCGGACCUGGAGCGCAUCUGCCGCAUGGUGCGCCGGCGGCACGGCCCGGAGCCGGAGCGCACCCGCGCCGAGCUGGAGAAGCUUAUCCAGCAGCGCGCCGUGCUCCGCGUAAGCUACAAGGGAAGCAUCUCGUACCGCAACGCUGCGCGGGUCCAGCCGCCUCGGCGAGGCGGAACGCCCGCCGCCAGCCCCGCGGCCCCGCAGCGGCCGGCCCGCACUUCCCCGCCCAGCGCUCCCGCCGCCGCCACCGCGACGCCCCGGUCCUCCCAGCGUGCAGCGCCUCGCGCGGAGCCAGCCGCGCCGCCGCCGCCACCACCACCUCCGCCGCCACCGCCGCAGCCGCCACCUCCUCGUCGGACCGGCCGGGAGCGACCGCCGCCGCCUGCCCCCGCCCCGGAGGAGCCCUCCCCCGUCAGCCUGCGAGAGAUUGUGCGCUACUUGGGCGGCGACGGCGCCGCGCCGGGGGGCGGCCGAGUGACUCGAGGCCGAGCGCAGGGGCUGCUCCAAGAGGAGCGGCUGGAGAGGACCCGCUUGGGUGGCGGCGGGGGCGGCGGCAGCGGCAACAACGUCGCCUUGCCCAGGGCGGAGAGAGGCGCGCAGGCCCGGGCGCCCAGCGCCAGGGCUUACAGGAACAAGCGGAGGGGCGGGUGCCGGAGAGGAGCCGCUUUCGGGGAGGGCAGACGGCGCCCAGCCCCCCGAAUGUUGUCAGCGGGCGCUCGCGCAGGUGUGCGUGUGUCUGGGAGGAAGAGUUAUGGGCAGCGCCCAAUCAAAUCGCUUUGGCACGGGAGGGGGCGCCACGAUUGGUGCCUGGGCUUCGACGGGGCGACAUUCUCCCGUGCAGUUCCGAAGUAUUGUGGGAAGGUGAGCGGAAAGGCCGCCGCUGGAUGGCACAACUCCGCCUGGUCCGCGGGGAACUUGCGGGGCCGAGUUGGGGAGCGGAAGGCAGGUGAGGAGGUCAAAGGUGAAGAAGAAGAGGAGGAGGAGGAGGAAGAAGAGGAUGAAGCCUCCACCAUGUCUGAAGGUUCAGAGGUGGCACAAGAUUAUGAGGCCAGCAACUACAGCAGACCUGGGAUAGGCCAGGUGAACGGGGACUGUAAGGACAGCAAGCAUGGUGGGAAAGAGAUCCCACCCAGCAGUGCCCUCACCAGAGACCUGCGCUCCCUCGAGGAGCAGCCCUUGAACAAAGGAUCAGAGCGUCCCCACCAUGAAGGAAAUGAGCAAUGUCAUACAAAGGCCUCUUGGCCUGGAGAAAGUGCCUGUCACCAUCUGGGGGGCAGCAAGAAAGAUGGCAGCGCCUAUCAGCAGCCAGACAGAGCAGUGUCACCAGCUGUUGCAGGUACUGAGCCCUCUGUGCCCUCAUCCCCUGGGAGACCUGGCAUCCAGGCAGAUGGGAGACCCUUCAGCUGCACCUCAGUGAAGGAGAAGCCUUCUGACCCAGUGGAAUGGACUGUGAGUGAUGUUGUGGAUUAUUUCACAGAAGCUGGUUUUGCUGAGCAAGCAUCUGCCUUUCAAGAACAGGAGAUCGAUGGGAAGUCUCUUCUGCUGAUGCAGCGCACCGAUGUCCUGACCGGCCUAUCCAUCCGCCUGGGGCCUGCUCUCAAGAUCUACGAGUACCACAUCAAGGUGCUGCAGCAGUGCCACUUCGAGGAGGACGAGGGUGACUCCUUCAUGGGCUGAGGAGGACGGGCGCAGCUCGCGAAGGGUGUGGAGAGCUUGGGUGGGGAGAAGUGAACAGGGACUCUGCCAGCCGCUACUGUCUCAAGUCAUUUCAGCCUUUCUCUGCCUCCAUGAAAACAAAGAGAAGCAGCUGUGUGGGAAGGGGAAGAAGGACUUUGGCCAGAUUUUUGUGAAAAUGGUGGGGAGGACCAUUGAUCCAGGCUUUGUGGCUUCUCUACCCUGAUUGUCCAGAGAUAGGAAUGACCGGGAGGGAGGGCUGCAAAAAAAAAUCCCAUCCUUCUCCCAACCUGUCUGUGUUACUUAUCCCAGCAUUUUACUUACCAUAGUGCAUUGUCUGUUCUUGGGAAAGGGUGGAAAGAUGUGUUUUUUGUUCUUCUUCCCAGCCGCAGUUUAAUUGAGAUAAUUUGUGCUUCAGCAUCCCCCCUUCCCCUUCCCCUUCUCCACCACCACCACAACAACAACAGCAGCAGCAGCAACCACAGUAGCACUUGAUGGUCCUACCUGUUCCCCUCCCUUUGUUGCUGUUCUCAAGAAGACAAAGAUAGAGCCUGCUGGAGGUGUCAGGAGGUUUUAAUCAAAUAUCUUUUUAUUCUCUUUUCUGUUUGGGUAGGCUUUUCUUCCAGUUUUCAUGGUCGUUGCCCAGAGUCAACUGCUUUUUAUUAUUUCUUUCUUCCCAUUUUUUAAAAAAUAUAAAUAUUUAAACUGGAAAAAACCCAAUUGGUUUAGUAUUCCCAGACUUGUUAGCCUUCUGGAAGGGGUAUUGGAUCACCUAAAAUGAACAUGUGUCUAAAGGACAAAAAUGUGUGUAAAAGGAGGUGGAAGUCCUGAGUUCUGCUCUCUUUUUCUGUCCUUUUUUAUUUGAGGGUGGUGGUGUUGCUAAUCGGUUUAUGGGAUGUAUUCUGACUAGUCCAGGGAUGGGAGCAGAACUCUGGAGUUCUGGCUCAAUUUUCAAUGCUGUAAUCAACUGGGGUAAAAAGUGUGGUAAUAUUUGCACCAUCACCAGGAGGUCUAAAAUGAAACACUUAGGGUUUAGGGAAGGUCUCUUUGCAGUGGCAGUGGCAGAUGAUUCGUUGUCCAUGUACAUUCACAACCAGGUGGCUUAGCUGGUGCUCCUAUAGCAGAUAAUAUAAGUGGAGCAAACACUUUGGGGACUGAAAAGGGCAAGGAAAGGAAAUGGUCCUUAGCCCUGUUCUCAGUUACGAAAAAUGGGGUGGUGGUUUUUGUUGCCUUAAGAAAGGAUCUCCUCUUGUUAAAGCAGGCCACGCCUGCAAAGGUAGACUGUAACGGCAAGAGGAGGUGGUUAAAAAGACUACAGUGAAAUUGGCUCUUUAUGCACAUCAAAUGGAGAGGAUCUAGCUACAGCACACAUCAGAAAAUCUGAGCUUUCUUGGUGAUGUUUCAGGGCAUACCUCUUGAGUACCCCAGUUGCUUAGUAAGUAUCUGUUUCACAAAACAGUUUGAAACUCGUUUCACUGUCAUGGCUUUCUGUAAAGAACUGUAGGAAUGGAAAUAUUUUGGUGAGGCUGCUGAGAACUCUUUUGUAGUAUCUUAGACCCUUUCACAGAACGACAGUUCCUAGAAUUUGUUUUUUUAGAUCCAUGGCAGAUGAGAGGUUUGAAACUGGUUUAAAUUUGGAAUGUAGACAGGCCCUUCUUAGUACAGUUUGAGGAUCAGUGGGUAGACAGUAGCUACCCUGUUUAGUUGUGACUCAGAAACAGAGAAGCGUACGUAGCUCGAGACACAACCCAGCAUGCAUGCCUAGAGGAAUGCACAGCUAGACAGGAGCACACUGAAUUUAUGUUCUCGAAAUUUUAUUUGGAACCAUGAGGGCUAGAAACCUAUUUUUGAACUUUGAAAGCAGAGGUUCUCAAUGUUGUAGCACAAAAGUGCCUCAGGGGCUUACAUACCGGCUGCAUGUUGCCCCCUAUUGCACUAGACCCUACUAUUUUGUCCAGAGCUGGGAAUAAAAAAAAAA